AUGGAAGGUAAAGAAAGCAACGCGAUAUUCGAGUCGUUGAACUUGAACCCCCAGCUCUUCAUCAAUGAGGUUCUUAAUUUUGUAGACGAUCUCACCGACGAGGCCUUCAAUUACUUCCUCGAGGAGGCUUCUGCUCAAAUGAAAACGGAAGGCACUGAUCGAUCUGCGGAUUUAAGCCGGGGUGUGGCAUACAUUCGAAAUUUGGUCCAGUUGACACUGGACAACCGGUUGAAGAAGUGGGAAGAAUACUCUCUUCGAUUUUGUUUUCAUGUCCCUGAAGGAUUUUCUCUACCUAAAGCUAAUUCAUCUUCGGCUGAUGAUUUGCCAGAUACUCUUACUGAUACCGAGCUGGAUGCACAGUUGAAUUCUUUGCGAGACAAGCUUACUUUGGUUGGAAAAGAAUCUACUGACCUUGGCAAAGAACUUCUUGCAUUGGAAAAACAGUCUUUAUCAAGUAAUCAGUGUGCUGGAUCUGUUGAAGAAGCAUUACAGUUAUAUGAGAAGCAAGAUACCACCAAAAUGUUACAAGAGUUGGCUACUACUGCGUCGGAAUUUCGUUCUAAAUUGGAGAAGCUGAAUAGGAGAAGUAUGGACGAAAUUCAAAGCAUCAGAGCAAAGAGGUUGCGUAUACCACAAGAAGACAUGUUUCGAAUGAAUCAAGGCAAUGGCCUGUUUAAUGGAAAACUGGACGAUCUUCAACAGUUUCUGGAUGAGAUAUAG